AUGCUUUUUGAUUCUCCAAGUCUGUCUUCCUCACAGCAAGUAAAAAGUAUCACCUGGGAGAACUGUGAUUCAGGAAAGCUUCCAGGCACAAUCAAAAGUUUGUCCAUUAGUCCCGAUCCUGUAUCCAUUCCAGGAGAAGUGAUCGUCUCCGUGGUACUGAACACUGAAGUCCCUCUAAGCUCUCCCCUCCAGAUCAAAAUUACUGCAGAAAAGGAGCUGUUUGGCGAUUGGCUGACUGCCCCCUGUAUCGAUAAAUUUGGCAGCUGCACCUACACUGAAGUCUGCGAUCUGCUGGAUGCUUUCUUUAAGCCAGGACAGCAGUGCCCAGGACCCCUCCAGACUUAUGGACUUCCCUGCCACUGUCCAUUCAGAGCUGGUUCCUACAGUCUCCCCACCACCAGUUUUAAGAUACCCAGCUUUUCUCUGCCAUCAUGGCUUGCCGAGGGCAACUACAGAGUUACUGGAAUUCUCAGCCAUAAGAAUCAGGAAAUUGGAUGUGCCAAAUUUACAUUCUCUCUGGCCGAACCCUCCUCCUGGUGGUGGUAA